GUGUUCAUCCUAAAUCUUGCAAUGAGGGGAGAUUCCUGCAGUGUGUGUGUGCGUGUGUGUGUGUGCGCGCGCGCGCGAGGGGAGCCGCUCAGCGCGUGCCAGCCCAGCCGAGGUGAAGAAGAGGAAGAUGAGGCUCGCAGCAGAGGACGGGAGGAAGAGCCGCGUCGGGAAGGCUGCAGAGGCGUGUGGGGCGGGGAGCGCUGCCGGGCGCCGAGGUCCGCUCUUUAUCGCAGAGUCUGGCCUGUUUACCUGCCGGUGGCGUGGAGGGGGACAGUAAGAGAAGCAUUUUACAGCCCGGUGUUAGUGCCUUAAUAAAGGAGGAAUGGCGGCCAACAUGUACAGAGUGGGGGAUUACGUUUACUUUGAGAACUCGUCCAGUAAUCCGUACCUGAUCCGCCGGAUAGAGGAACUCAACAAGACCGCCAACGGCAAUGUGGAGGCCAAGGUGCUGUGCCUGUUCCGGAGGAGGGACCUGUCUGGAGCUCUUAACAACCUGGCUGACAACGGUGCCAGGGAGUUUGAAGAGGAGACGCAGCAGCCCUCACUGCCCGAGGCCCAGAAGCAUCAACUGAAGCACAGAGAGAUCUUCCUGUCCAGGCAGUUUGAGUCCCUCCCUGCCACGCACAUCCGGGGAAAGUGUAACGUGACCCUCCUGAAUGAAACGGACCUGCUAGGAGGUUAUCUGGAGAAGGAGGACUGCUUUUAUUACUCACUGGUGUUCGACCCCAUGGAGAAGACCCUGCUGGCGGACCAGGGAGAGAUCCGGGUCGGCUUGCGGUACCAGGCGGAGAUCCCGGACAAGCUGGCAGAAGGGGUGUCGGACGGCCGCAUGCUGGAGAAGCUGGAGACCAUGGUGUGGGACCCUGACAAUCAGCUGAAGGACCCUGAGAUCGACCAGUUCCUGGUGGUGGCCCGGGCCAUAGGGACGUUUGCACGUGCCCUGGACUGUAGCAGCUCCAUCCGGCAGCCCAGCCUGCACAUGAGCGCAGCCGCCGCCUCCAGGGACAUCACACUGUUCCACGCCAUGGACACGCUGCAGAGGAGUGGGUAUGACCUGGCCCAGGCCAUGUGCACGCUGGUGCCGAGGGGGGGGCCUGUGCUCUGCCGGGACGAGAUGGAGGAAUGGAGCGCGUCGGAGGCUGUGCUCUUCGAGGACGCGCUGGAGAAGUAUGGCAAGGACUUCACCGACAUACGGCAGGACUUUCUGCCCUGGAAGUCGCUGGCCAGCAUUGUGCAGUUCUACUACAUGUGGAAGACUACCGACCGCUACAUCCAGCAGAAAAGGCUCAAGGCAGCGGAAGCAGACAGCAAGCUGAAGCAGGUCUACAUCCCCACCUACACCAAACCCAACCCCAACCAGAUCUUGGUUCCUGGUAGUAAACCGGGAUCGAACGGGACUACAGGGUUCCAGAAGGGACACAGCUGCGAGAGCUGCCACUCUGCCCACUCGCAGCAGUGGUAUGCCUGGGGCCCUCCCAGCAUGCAGUGCAGGCUCUGUGCAUCUUGCUGGGUUUACUGGAAGAAGUACGGGGGCCUGAAGACCCCCACGCAGCUGGAGGGUGCAGUCCGGGGCAGCUCGGAUGACGCGCCCAGGAGCCAGCUCACCCCCCCGGAGGUGCAGGACAUGUCUCCGUUUGCUGCGGGCAGCGCCAACCGUGCAAAGCUGCUGGCCAAGAAUAGGCAGACGUUCCUCCUGCAGGCCUCGGCGCUGACGCGGUUGGCCCGGCGGCUGUGUGCCGACGUGCUGAGGCCCCGGCGGGCAGCCCGGCGCCCCUAUGCCCCCGUCAGCGCCACCGCGCUCAGGACCGAGUGUAUGGCCAGGCUUCCCAAAGCCCCCAAGGGACUGCUGAAGCCCAAGCCAGCCAAGUCCCGACCUGCCCUGGCCACGGUAGUCAAGAAACUUGCCCUUCAGACCCCUCAGAGGCUGAAGCCCUCCAGGGGCCCCCCAGUGCCCAUCAACCGCAACCAAUCUGGGCAGCCGCGGGCCGCUGCCAGUCUUCUGGGCAAGAGGCCACUCGACGCCCCGCCCAGUAACGGCAGGGCGUUGGCGCCGAGUGUGCAGAACGCCGGCCAGUCCGUGAUCAAGAGGCAGAAGGUCAACAACGGCGACUCCCCCAACCCCGUGGUCUUCGUGGCCACCAAAGACACGAGGGCCCUCCGGAAGGCUCUCAACCAGGGCGAGAUGCGGCGUGCGGCCCGGAAGCCCCACCUGCUGGUGAAGCUGAAGGCGGCACCAGUGCCAGUGCUGGCGGCCGUGUCCAGUGAGCCCAUCGUGCUGGAGGACUGAAGCCUGCCCGAGUCCGGCCCACGGUGCGAGUCCGGCGGCUCUCACAACGCCAUCCUUAUUGACGUCUUUCUGUUUUGAGUUCCUACUCCCUCAAACCCCCGCCCCCCCAAACGGGUGUCUUUCCUGAUCCUGCCACACGGGGGCACCCUAGUCUAAUACCCCAGCCUGACUCUCUUUUCUUUGUUCCUGGUUCACAUGCCUCAAGGUUUACUCAGGUGCAUGCGUGUUGUCCAGAAAAAUGACGCUGGUAUUGAUGAUGUCAACAUCAGUCUCUAAUAGACAAUGUUGUGUGUGUUUGCCUUCAUCUGGCUGUACCCUGUAGAAAGUGCAGUAUUUGUGGUCAUAGAUGUGGGACGAGUGCCAGUGAGUUUGCAUCUCAGCCUUGGUACUGGGCCACCUGGUAUCAGUCACAGGAGGACGGCAAAUGGUCUCCUUUCUGAUCGCUAAGCCCCUGAUCUGCUGGUUUUCCACGAUUGAGCCGAAACGUUCGGCAGAGGUGUUGGAUUAAUUUUCUUUUGGUAUUGUAAUGGUUUAAUAAUGAAAAAGUUUGAAAUGGAAAAUGAAGUUCAAAAACUUUGGUUUAUAAAACAAAUUUUGUGUUAAUACACAAUCUUGAGUUUCAAACGCCUCUUUAAAAAAUGUUAGUGCCCGUGUUCCCUGUUUUUAAUGGGACCCUUUUUUUACAAGCCAUCUUGUUCCUGAUUGUGUGUGCGUGUGUGUGUGUGUGUGUGUGUGUGUGCGCGUGUGUGUGUGUGUGCGCGUGUGUGUCUUUGUGUGUGUGGCGCGCGCUCCAGUACACACUCCCCUCCUCCGGUUGCUGCUGGCCCCAUCAGGGCCACCAGGGGGCGAUGCUCCCUCCCAUCUGGACAGGCGGCUGGUAAUCCUAACCUGGUUUACUGCUCAUUACUAGUAGGGUUGUGCUCUUUUCAGGGAAGAAAAAAAAAAAGUUUGACUUUUGUACGUUGUAAAGAGAUUCAACAAUCAAUUUUUUGCAAAUGUUUUUGUAUUCUCUGGACCAAUAAAUGUCUAAAACCUGUGAUUUGAA